UAUGUCUACCCCGGCGCCAAAAUAUUCUAUUGGAUUUGAAGAAUUACAAUCGAAAGAACAUCUCCUGUGGAAAUCAAUCCUAGCCGAAUUCUUGGGAAAUUUCAUUUUGAAUUUCUUUGCCAUUGGUGCCUGUACCCAGCCGGAGGAUGGAACAUUCAAGGCAUUCUCAUUUGGCUUUAGUAUUUACAUGGGCAUAACCAUAGUGGGUUAUCUCAGUGGUGGACAUAUAAAUCCAGCUGUAUCCGUUGCCAUGGCCCUGGCUGGUCGUAUAAGUCUUAUUCGCAUGCUUUUGUAUAUUGUGGCUCAAUGUAUGGGUUCGGCAGCUGGUACAUGUGUACUUAAAAAUCUGCUAGACGAGGCGUAUCAUAAUGGUUUGGGUCACACAACAUUGGCGGAAAAUAUUUCAGAGCUUCAGGGUCUAGGUAUUGAAUUUAUACUUGGUCUGCUGCUGGUUCUAACCGUGUUUGGAGCAUGCGAUGCAGCUAAACCGGAUAAUAAAUUUAUUGCACCCUUUAGUAUUGGUAUGGCGGUAACACUUGGUCAUCUGGGUACGAUACGUUAUACCGGAACUGGUAUGAAUCCUGCACGGGCAUUUGGUACAGCUUUUGCCACAGAUAAUUGGCAGUCACAUUGGGUAUAUUGGGCCGGACCCAUAUUGGGUGGCAUUGUUGCAUGCAUGAUUUAUUCACAGAUUUUGGAGAAGCCCACCGUCCCACCAAAACCCAUUGAAGCUUCGGAUAAGUAUCGUAUUCAUGCCUAUGAACGUGAAAUGAAGAAAUUGGAAAUUUCUAGAGAUUUUGCAUAA